GAUGGAUUUUUCCACACCUUGCAAAGUGACCUACUCAUUCUCUUGUGUCCUUCAUACAUAGGGAGGGAUAAUUCUAAUAGGAUAUUGCUUUUUUCUGUUUCUGGAACGCAAUAAAAAUGAGUUUGGGCGUUUGGGUCAUGUUUUUACUGCUCCCAUCUAUUAUUUGCUGCUCUGCCUGUUUACAAGAGGAACGAAAUUCUCUCUUGGAUUUCAAACGAGGCAUUAAUUUCACUUAUUACAAAGAAUACCAGUUAAAGCAGCCGCUGGAAUCGUGGAGAGGGUUGAACUGCUGCACUUGGGAAGGAGUGGGCUGCCACCCACACACUGCCCAUGUCAUCACCUUGGAUCUCACCUUGGAUCUCAGUGGCUAUUUCAUUCAAUGGAGUGAAGUUCGAGGGGGGCUAUUCCAACUCCUACAUUUGGAGCACUUGGACCUCUCUGACAAUUACUUCACCUCUCUUUCCAUUCCUCCACAAGUUGGAGAAUUAAGGAGAUUGAAGUAUCUGAGCUUAUCUGACUGUCAAUUUAGUGGCCGAAUUCCAAGAGAGUUGGCUAAACUGCAGCAAUUGGAGUAUAUGAUCUCCAUGGUGGCAUUCCAACGGAGAUGGGUAACAUGUCCGCCUUGAAAUACCUUGACCUCUCUUGGAAUGAUGGUUUGCAGAGCAACAAGUUGGGUGAGUUGAUAACACAUUUGAGAGGGUUGGAGCAUCUUGGACUGAGCGACAUGAAUCUCACUAUGGAAGGAGAUACUUCUUUGGGAGGAUACUUGGGUUCUCUCACCAAUCUCACCGCACUUUACAUGAACCAUUGCGGGCUUUCAGGAGAAAUUCCUCCCUACUUUGCAAAUCUCUCACGGCUUCAACAAUUGGAACUUUCGGAAAAUUCAUUCAGAGGUAAGAUUCCUACCUUUCUUGGAGAUCUCCCGCUGUCAAGUCUUGAUCUUUCUUCGAACAAUUUGGAAGGCUUUAUUCCCUCCUCUUUAGGUGUCCUCUCCAAUCUGGAGUAUCUUUAUCUGAGUUCAAACAAAUUAAAUGGCAGCAUUCCGUCUACUCUAGGCAAUCUCUCAGCCCUGUAUGAACUUGACUUGCAUAAUAACUCCUUAAGUGGUCCAAUCCCAACUUCCUUUGCUAACCUAUCCAAGCUAGAGUGGCUUAAUUUAGCCAAUAAUAGAUUAAAUGGAACUUUCUCAUUCUUUACUUUAAAUUUCCCCGAUCUUAUUGUUUUGGAUCUCUCCAGCAAUACGUUGACCGUAAAAAUCAGUGCCUCUAUCAUUCCCAAAUUUCAGCUUGGCUACUUAGGUUUACAUGAAUGUAAUAUUAGAGGAAAUUUUCCUACAUUUAUUUCAACCCAAUAUGGCAUUCAAUAUUUAGAUUUGUCAAACAAUUCUCUUAGUGGCUUUAUUCCAAAUUGGCUUUGGGGAUUCACAUCUAUUAGGUACAUAGAUCUUUCAUAUAAUUUAUUCAAUGGAUCAAUUUCAAAAUCAAUUAACAAAUAUACACAAAAUCUUCAAUUUCUUUCACUAGCCAAAAAUAAUCUUAAUGGUCCUAUUCCAAAUUCUAUCUUUAAAUUGAAGAGUUUGAAUAUUUUAGAUUUGUCAAAUAAUAAGUUUAGUGGUAGAAUUCCCCAAUGUUCGAAGAAUUGCUCCAUGUUGUCUGUCUUAAAUCUAGAGAGGAAUAACUUAGAAGGAAUGAUACCAAGUAUAUGUAAGGGAAUGAAUUCUCUUGAGACAUUAAAAUUGGGAGACAAUGCACUUGAAGGGUAUGUUCCAUCGUCUCUUGCAAAUUGUAGAAAUCUACAAAUCCUUGAUUUGAGAAACAAUCAUUUGCAAGGGAACAUCUCAAAUUGGGUUAAAACCUUGCACAAUCUCCAAAUUUUGAUUUUACAAAAUAAUAAUUUCAAGGGUACAAUCCCAUUGCAAUUAGCAAAAUUGCAAAAUCUUCAAAUUUUGGAUAUGUCAAAAAAUAAAUUUUCAGGGAUCAUUCCAAAAGACUUUAUGAAGUUAACCACAAUGGCUAAUCAAUCUGAAAAUAUGGAAAUAUUUGAACAUGAAACUCCCAUUUCUCUAACAUCAAACUAUUAUAUAGAUGAAAUAAUAGUUUACAAUAAAGGACAAGAGAUGGAGUUUGUGAAAAUUUUGAGAUUAGUAAAAUGUCAUGACCUCUCUAGUAAUAACUUGUCAGGUGACAUUCCUCAGAAUAUUGGAUCCCUCAAAGGUUUGAUUAUUCUUAACAUUUCAAGAAAUCAUUUCAGUGGUGAGAUUCCUAAAUCUAUUGGAGAGAUGACACUACUUCAAUCACUUGAUCUUUCACAAAAUGGAUUGUCAGGGGCUAUUAUUACUGAGCUACAACUUCUCACGUCCUUAAGUUUCUUUAAUGUAUCCUAUAAUAACCUAUCAGGGAUGAUACCACAAGGAGGACAGAUGAUGACAUUUGAUUCUACAUACUUCUCCAAUAAUUCAGGUCUAUGUGGUCUACAAAUAUAUGUGCCAUGUUCAAGUAACCCUCCCAAUUCUCCAAAGGUACAUGAAGAAAAUAAUGAAGAUUCAGAGGAUGAUUUCUGGUGGGAUAUGGGAAUGGCAAUAGGCUAUGUAGUUGCCUUUUCAAUUGUAAAUGGAAUGUUGUGGCUCAACAAAAAAUGGAGUGUCCCAUGCUUCAAAUUCAUGGAUAACAUUAUUAUCUCUCUAUUUGAAACAUGGAGAGAGCAUUUGUAUUCUACAAGGUAGGAUCAACUUGUUAAGUUUGUGGUCCAAAUAACUUAUAUUUUAUGGUAUAAGCUUUUUGUUACAAUAAAAUGAAA